UCUUUAAGUCAGGACAUUACUGGAGCAUCACGCAUGAGAACACACACUACGGCGGCGGCGACAUGGUCAUGGGAACAGGCGUCUGUGGCUUGGGGAAUCCACACCUAACCACCACCUGAGGAUGUUAAAAUGUCAGUUCACGGCCCUUCGCUGUGUCGCUUACUAUUAUUCUUCAUGUCCCUACGGAGCACCUUGACGCCGGCCUCAAGUCAUCCACCACAUCAUCCGUGCCGCCUGACACAAAGGACAGCUCUCUGCAACAAUAGCAACCUAACGUCUGUUCCUGCGGGACUACCAGGUAGCACCGAGGAGCUUCAGCUCAAUUUUAAUCUCAUUAAGACACUACAGGGCAAUUGUCUUCAAUACCCCUCACUCACUACCCUCAGUUUAGCCUGCAAUAAUCUGGAGACAUUAAAGCGGAACACUUUUCAGCACUCCAAAUUGUUAAAAAGUCUCAAUUUUGCUAAUAAUAAUCUGUACGUCAGCUACGAAGAAACCAGCAAUGCUCUAAAGAUGCUACCCGAGCUCAAAUCUUUAGAUCUAUCAGAGAAUAAGAUGGAUGAAGAAAUGGCUGCAGUUCUUCUUCAAAAUCUGACGUCUUUGGAGUACCUAAAUCUUUCUGGAAACCUCUUGCAACGCAUCGAUGAGACCACGUUUAGGGAUCUUCACCUACUCAAAGAGCUGGACCUGCAGAGGAACCUCCUGUUUGAGAUCGACAAUGCCUUUGACAACACUCCCAAACUACAGCGGCUCAAUUUGGCCAUCAAUCACCUGCCCUGCCUGACUGACUUCCACAUGACCCAGCUGGUGGUUCUCAACGCCAGCCACAACUUCAUCGAGUGGUUCAUCUCCAGGCAGGACGUCAAUGACACCUUCCAAAUAGAGACGCUCGAUCUGUCCGAUAACAAACUGCUAUUUUUUCCUUUCUUACCCAACGUGAGCCGCUUGAGAAAUCUUUACCUGUCCUACAACAGCGUGAGUUUCUACGAGCACCUGGAGGACAACGUCACGUACCCAAACCUGACCACUACGGUGGAAUUCUACAACACGAUGAGGAACACUACGAACAUAACAGCUAGGCUGUGGGAUGACAACCUUCACGGGGACAUCUCCUCGGUCGAGAUGUUAGACCUGCGAGGAAAUCAGUUGCAGUACUUCCCACAGGGAUUCAUCCGGAAAAUGCCAUUCCUGUCUCGACUCCGGUUGUGUGGAAACUGUCUGGAAAGUUUGAAUCUGACUUUGGAGCAGUUCUCUGGGAGCUUGUUUGAGUUGGAUGUUAGCAACAACCGCCUAAAGGAGAUUGUGACCAAUGACGUUACACUGGGAACUCUUAGCAAUCUCACAUACCUCAACCUCAGCCUCAAUGACCUUGACUGCGGAUCUUCUGGACUGUUCUUUGCAUUGUCAAGCCUUGGAUCAGUGGACCUGAGUUACAACAACAUCGGCACGUGUCUUCCUGACGAAGCUGAGGCCAGCUCAGGCUCGAACACAGCGUCUGUGGACUGGAAAACAACCGUGUCCUUAAGGCGGCUUUACUUAAAGGGAUGCAAUCUCGGAAAAAUUCCUCCGUCUGCAUUCUCUGGCAUGUCUCUCACACAUUUAGACCUGUCUGACAACCCUGAGCUAAGUGGCCAACCGUCCAUACAAAGUUUGAGCAGCACAUUACAGCACUUAGGUUUGGGAAACACACACAUCGGGGACUUUGACUUCUCAGAUUUUCUAAAUCUGAAAUCUCUGAAUAUUUCUUACAAUUCCCUCUCACAUAUUCCCGCGUCGGUCGUAAAGCUGGACGUAAAAUUGCUUGACUUAAGGGACAACAAGCUGUCUACUAUCCCCUCAGCUCAGGCGAAGACUUUAGCUUCAAAACUUCACACUGUUUUCCUCACAGGAAAUCCAUUCAACUGCUGCCAAACAGAAUGGUUUCGGACAUUUGAAAGAACAAAGACAAUCCAUGUGGUGGGACAGUCAGACAUGGAGUGUACAGAUCUCUUACGAAUCCACAGCAUCCUACAUUCCCGGUUGUUUCUGUGUCAAGAGGAAACCGGGGAAUCUAUGUUUUGGUAUAUUGUCCUUUUUGUUCCCAUCUGUAUUUCUUUGGUGGGCAUUUUAUUGAUUGUGUUCCUUACUAUGAAGCCCAAAGUAAUACACAAGUCGAUCAAAAAGAAAUGUUUUAAGCCAACAUCCUAUUGAUGCUCGAAAACAAACCACAGUUCUGUGAGCACUGACUGAGGGGUCGCUCCUUUGCAUCUUAAAGUUGUUUUUGUUACUACACCACAAUAAGGCGAAACCAUUCUUGUUCAGAGUAAAACUAAACAAGACUCGCUUCACAACAUUUCUAAAUAGGAUUGGGGCUCAACUCAAAACAGAAAAAGGUUAGCAUAUACUUAGCAUGUUGUAUAAGAUUGUAGGAGUGCUCAUAAAAAUCGAUUCAAAUUUGAAGCGCACUUCUUAGUUCUAAAUUGGUUCCUAAUGUUCAAGAAACACACAGUCUACAUGUGCUUUGUGGACUUGGAGAAGGCAUUCGACCGUGUCCCUCGGGAAGUCCCAUCGGACUGUCUGAUUUUGGCGGUCCGCUCCCUGUAUGAUCAGUGUCAGAGCUUGGUCCGCAUUGCCGGCAGUAAGUCGGACACGUUUCCAGUGAGGGUUGGACUCCGCCAAGGCCGCCCUUUGUCACCGAUUCUGUUCAUAACUUUUAUGGACAGAAUUUCUAGGCGCAGUCAAGGCGUUGAGGGGAUCCGGUUUGGUGGCUGCAGGAUUAGGUCUCUGCUUUUUGCAGAUGAUGUGGUCCUGAUGGCUUCAUCUGGCCAGGAUCUUCAGCUCUCGCUGGAUCGGUUCGCAGCCGAGUGUGAAGCAACUGGGAUGAGAAUCAGCACCUCCAAGUCCGAGUCCAUGGUUCUCGCCCGGAAAAGGAUGGAGUGCCAUCUCCGGGUUGGGGAGGAGACCCUGCCCCAAGUGGAGGAGUUCAAGUACCUAGGAGUCUUGUUCACGAGUGAGGGAAGAGUGGAUCGGGAGAUCGACAGGCGGAUCGGUGCGGCAUCUUCAGUAAUGCGGACGCUGUAUCGAUCCGUUGUGGUGAAGAAGGAGCUGAGCCGGAUGUCAAAGCUCUCAAUUUACCGGUCGAUCUACGUUCCCAUCCUCACCUAUGGUCAUGAGCUUUGGGUUAUGACCGAAAGGACAAGAUCACGGGUACAAGCGGCCGAAAUGAGUUUCCUCCGCCGGGUGGCGGGGCUCUCCCUUAGAGAUAGGGUGAGAAGCUCUGUCAUCCGGGGGGAGCUCAAAGUAAAGCCGCUGCUCCUCCACAUCGAGAGGAGCCAGAUGAGGUGGUUCGGGCAUCUGGUCAGGAUGCCACCCGAUCGCCUCCCUCGGGAGGUGUUUAGGGCACGUCCGACCGGUAGGAGGCCACGGGGAAGACCCAGGACACGUUGGGAAGACUAUGUCUGCCGGCUGGCCUAGGAACACCUCGGGAUCCCCCGGGAAGAGCUGGACGAAGUGGCUGGGGAGAGGGAAGUCUGGGCUUCCCUGCUUAGGCUGCUUCCCCCGCGACCCGACCUCGGAUAAGCGGAAGAAGAUGGAUGGAUGGAUGUUCAAGAAACAAUAAAAAAAAUGCAUAAAUACAAUAUACGGUACAGUACAGGCCAAAAGUUUGGACACACCUCAUUCAAUGAGUUUUCUUUAUUUUCAUGACUAUUUACAUUGUAGAUUGUCACUGAAGGCAUCAAAACUAUGAAUGAACACAUGUGGAGUUAUGUACUUAAUAAAAAAAGGUAAAAUAACUGAAAAUAUGUUUUAUAUUCUAGUUUCUUCGAAAUAGCCACCCUUUGCUCUGAUUACGGUUUUGCACACUCUCGGCAUUCUCUUGAUGAGCUUCAAAAGGUAGUCACCUGAAAUGGUUUUCACUUCACAGGUGUCAUAGUUUUGAUGCCUUCAGUGACAACCUACAAUGUAAAUAGUCUUGAAAAUAAAGAAAACACAUUGGAAUGUACUGUAUGUUUAGGAAUGCAUUUUCAAAACAAUGUUUUCAGGCCACCUCAGCGCUUGUUUUGUGUAGACGUCAGCAGUCAAGAGGAGCUUUUGUAACCUGUAAGGUUUUAUCAUUUUUAUCCAAAACAAUUAAGAAUUGUGUUGAAUCGAAUCAUUACCCCAAGAAUCGGAAUCCAAUCGUGAGCUGUAGGAAGAUUCCCGUCACUUUUGGAUUGGUUUUAUAAACAAAUCCUUACAUUUUUCUGGAUGCGGUCCUGGGUUGAAAAAUGUUGAUAUUUUGGAUACUGACAAAUACAUCUGUGACUGUCAAGAAUAAAAUCAACAUUUUGUGGAA